CGACGCGCUGUGUUGAGGGAAGUCGGGUGAUCAGUCACUGCUCGUGCACGUUAGCAUGGCUUCUACACGUGCAUGCAUUUUAGUGUUUCUGUGUUUUUUAUCAUCGGUAAAUACCUUCUGGUUCUCAUCUGAUCCCGUUAACUGCUCCAAGUCUGAACGACGAUGCGACGAGGACAAUAUCUGCCUGGCAGCCAAGCUCUGGUGUGACGGAAUAGAGCACUGCAACAAUGGAGAGGAUGAGAGAGAGUGCCCUCAAAGAGGUACCCGGGAGUGUAUGGACCAGAGUCGCUGGUUCCUGUGUAACAACAAGCGGUGUGUAAGCAGAGUAUUCUGGUGUGACGGCAAGGAUGAUUGUAUGGACCACUCUGACGAGGACCACUGCCCACAUCACGACGCGACGCCCAAGAACUGCAGCUCGACCGAGUUCCGGUGUGACAACGGAAGUAGCUGUAUUCCCCUAGACUGGCGUUGUGACGGAUCUGCGGACUGCAUGGACGAAACCGACGAGAGCAACUGCUCCUGUCCACCAGACCUGUAUCAGUGCCCCAACAGCACGCGGCUAGUUUGUCUGGCCCAGUCUCAGAGGUGUGACAAGAAGCCAGACUGUGACGACGGCGCGGACGAGACCGGUCCUGAGUGUGCCAUUCGAUCUCAGUGCACAAAGACCCGGGGAAUGUUUCUGUGCAAGGAUGGCCUUGAGUGCAUGGACGGUGGGAAGGAGUGUGAUGGCAAGGUUGACUGUACUGAUAAGUCCGAUGAAAGGAACUGCACAAUUUGUUCCCAACACGAGUGUGAACACGGGUGUACAAGAACAGGAAACAACGCCACCUGUACGUGCUUGAAGGGCUAUCGUCUGCUCGCUGAUGGAAAGAGAUGUAGAGACUUUGACGAGUGCGCAAAUGAGAAACCUGGACACAGACUUUGCAGCCAGAAGUGCAAGAACGAUAUCGGCAGUUACAGAUGCCUCUGUAUUGAUGGCUACAGACUGAACAAGGACGGGAGUCGCUGUGAUGCCAAAGGAAGAGAAGCCACUAUGAUUUUGGCCAGCGGGAACCAGAUUCGGACGUACACUCUGAAGAUGGGCCAAUACAACAGUCUGCAGAAUGGCCUUCAGCAUGUCAUUGACAUAGCUGUUGACAGUCACAACCAGAGGAUCUUUUGGACUGAUGCCCACAGUCGCCAGGUUUUCUCCAUUGACAUAUUGGGCAACAACCAUCGGUCACUCAUAGUUCACGGGCUGAUGUCCCCGAAAGGCGUGACGUAUGACUGGCUGAACAACCUACUGUAUAUCGUGGACGACGGGAGGAAGUCCAUCUUGGCGUGUCGGGCCGAUGGAAAGUUCUGCACCUCUGUCCUUGACGGGCUAAAGGCUCCCAGUGAUAUUGUUGUGGAUCCCAUAUCGAGUUACCUCUACUGGACGGACAUGUCAAGCCGCCCGACAAUCAUGCGCAGUGACGCCGAUGGCAGUAACGUCAUCACUUUAGUGAGUGAGCGCGUGGGGCAGCCACGUGACUUAGUGAUGGACUACACCAUAAACUGCAUGUACUGGAUUGAUGCACAGCCGCACAACAGUCGAGUGGAGAGACUAUGCCCUGGGAACGACUCUGUGAAAGAGAUUGUACUGGCCCACGAUAUCCGUGAUCCCAACUCUUUGUCCAUCCUAGAAGAUGACAUCUACUGGUCCAACGAGGGACGGGUGGUCCGGGACGACAAGUUCAACGGCAGGAAGCGAGAACUGGUGCUCAGAGACAUGCCAAGGGUCACCAACCUCGACAUCAUGCAUCCUUCACUACAGCCACGACCACGAGAAUUCACAGCUACAUGUCCCGGAACGUGCAGCCACAUCUGCCUGCCAAGCCACCGGUCGUCUUACGUCUGCGCAUGCCCGACUGAUCUGAUUCUCGGCCCAGAUGAAACCCAGUGUGUGAGAGAUGAAAAUGCAACCUACAUACUCAUUGGCCAACAGACCCAGGUUCUGGAGUUUUCGGUCGGUCACCUUGGCAACGAUGCCUACAAGAAUGUUGAUAUCAACUAUUUGAACAACAUAUACCUUGUUGACUAUGAUCCAGUCAACAACAGCAUCGUGUUCGUGGACAAAGACAGUCGUCAGAGGCCCAUCAUCUGCUCGGCCCAGAUUAAAAGGGGGUCACAGAUAAGGAAGGUGGUGUUGGUAGGAGAGGAUAUCCUCAGCGUGGAAGGGUUGGCAGUGGACUGGGUUGGCCGGAAUGUGUUCUGGCUGGACCUGCGAAAGAGGACCAUAGAGGCAGCUAAACUGGAUGGGUCCACACGUGUUGUUGUCACAGACCAGUCUCUGGCCGAACCGCAUGGUCUGGCCUUGUACCUGAAGGCAGGAGUUCUGUUUUAUGCUGACUGGGGGGAUCGACCACAUAUUCAGAGAUGUGACAUGGACGCCACCAACUGCAUCCUGAUUGUGGAAGAACGGAUACGACAGCCCAACUCUCUGACGGUAGACCCGGUGAAGUACCGACUGUUUUGGAGCGACAUGAAACUCGAGAUGAUUUACUCAGUGGCCAUCGACGGCUCAGACCGUGCUUCACACGUAUUUGCAAAGAACAUCAAUUCCAUAGUAGUGGACGGAAGCUUGAUCUAUUGGACUGAUGGCCUGACCGAUGCUGUACACAUGGUCAACAGCUCGCGUCGCCAUGGCGACCAGAUUGACUACCACAGUGGACACACGGGACUGACAGGGAUGGCACUGGUCAACAUGAAGAAAACCGCACCAAUAAAGAAUGGCUGCAGCCAUGACAACGGCGGUUGCUCUCACAUCUGCUUGACCAAGGAACAUGGUGCCUUGUGCAGAUGCCCUGCCAAUAUGACGCUUGGGGCCAAUCAUGUCACCUGCUACGACAAACACUGCGACAACAACAAGAUCCUGUGUGCUCCGCUUGGCCAGUGCCUGGACAACUCCACCAGGUGUAAUGGUCAGCAUGACUGUCCAGACAGUUCCGACGAAGAGGGAUGUCCAGCGACGUGUUGGCCUGACAGCUUCCAGUGUGCGGACGGCACCUGCAUCAAGGACUUGUGGAAGUGUGACGGGCAUGCGGACUGUGGUGAUGGAAGUGAUGAGGCCGAUUGCCCGGAACAUGAAUGCAAGGCACACGAGUUCCGCUGUGACGGGAUCCGGUGUCUGCUGGCUUCCCGGUUUGUCUGCAAUAUGGAGAGAGACUGUUUGGACGGCACUGAUGAGAUGAAUUGCCCACAGCAGUGUUCCCCAGACCAGCUGAUGUGCCUGGACAACGAAACCUGCUACAGAAGGGAAUGGGGGUGUGAUGGCGACAACGACUGCCCUGACGGCAGUGAUGAACUCGGCUGCAACCACACGUGUUCACCGACGCAGUUCACAUGUGCGAGUGGUCAGUGUAUUGACCUGGUGAGCAAAUGUGACCACUUCCCUGACUGCAAUGAUGGGUCUGAUGAAGCAGCUGAUUGUAAGAUGGAGAAGUCGAACACCAUUGUAACAGAGUGCCCUAAGGAAUAUUACACCUGUACCGUGUUUCUUGGAAUCAACAAGUGUGUCGAAGAAGACUUAAUGUGCAACGGGUACAGAGACUGUCCCCAUGGUGAUGACGAAACAAACUGUACAUUGGAGUGUGGCAGAAAAGAGUUCAAGUGCCAGUCAGGAGAUCUCUGUAUAGCGAAGUCCAAGGUCUGUGACGCUGUCUUGGACUGUCCAGAUGGCUCCGACGAGGAUGGGGAUAACUGCGGCUUGUGUCCUGUCGGUACCUUCCAGUGCCUCAGCGGACAGUGUAUAGAGGAGAAACUACAUUGUGACCUGAAGCCUGACUGUCCGGAUGGAUCUGAUGAGAACGAGCUGUGUGGUAAAUCCUGCCAGUUUGCAAAUCUUGGGUGUAGUCAUAACUGCACUAUAACCAACGAAGGUGCUCGAUGUAUCUGUCGCCAUGGCUACGAUCUGGGAGAUGAUUUAAGAAGCUGUUUGGAUAUCGACGAGUGUGAACACAUGAAUGGGACAUGCGGACAAAUAUGUGAGAAUCUCAAGGGAGGUUACUCUUGUCACUGUACAGACGGCUAUAAACUGGCAAUCGAUAGCCACACAUGCAAAGCGGUCGGUGAACGUCCGUAUCUUCUGAUAGCACAUCUUCACGGCAUCAGCAAGGUUAACAUCGGCACUAAAUCUAACGAAUAUACCAUCGUUACAUCAUCACCACCGAUGUUUAUUGAUGUACUUACCAAGCCUGACAGAAGAGUCAUAUUCUGGUCAACGGAGGAGGUGAAUAAUGGCCGUAAUACCUCGGUCAUUAAAAUGUACGCGGCAGCCCAUACAACAAAAGUCCGCACCCUAGGGAAGCUGACUGGCAUGGCUGUUGACUGGCUGGCCAGGAACAUAUACUACACCCACGACUUGAAUGGCAAAGGGUUCAUCACCGUCUGUAGCAUUGGCAGGAGAGUCGCGUGCAGAACUCUGCUGAAAAGGAGACGAACAAUACCAUCAUCUAUUGUUCUACAUCCGACUGAAGGUCUCAUGUUCUGGCUGGCGGACAAUGAGGGGCGGAUGGCAAUUACACGAGGCUACAUGGACGGUACUCACCAGAUGGACAUUGUAACGUCACGUCUGCAGCGUCCAGCGGCUCUCACUCUGGACACCGUGACCAACAGGCUUUACUGGGCAGACGUUGGACUGAAUGCAAUCAGUACUUGUACCACUGCAGGGACGGAACAUGCUCCGGUGCUGGAGAGAUUGUCCUCCAUCCCGUUUUCAUUGGACUUCUUUGAGAACAGUUUGUUUCUGAGCGAACCUUAUUACGUAGUUCAGUACGCCAGGUUCAAGGAGGCCAGCCACAAGAAACGGAUGGCACUGCAGGAAAUGCUGCAACCACGAGGGGUCAAGGUCGUCCAUCCUGUCCGACAGUCGGUUACUAAUGGCAAGAGCAACCCCUGUAAGGCGCUGAAGUGCGAGCACCUGUGUAUUCUGGUGCCAGACAGAAAGGCACAGUGCAUGUGUCCGGACGGCAUGAAGUACUCCACCAUUGACAAAAAGUGCGACAACCUAACGAUCCCAGCUUUACAUGAGGACGUGAUGAGAAAUCUGGAGUGUUUGAAUGGUGGCAUACAGAAGAAAAACGCAAGUUACGGUUCAUACUGCAGCUGCCCCCCAGGCUACGUGGGUUACCAGUGUGAAGUAUCAAUACCGGCACUGGAGAAGAUAAAGAAGAAAAAGGUGGAGGAAGAAAGCAGCAAGGCAUGGGUGGCUGGGGUGGUCCUGGCUAUUAUUGUCUUCACGGCGUGUGCCGCAGGGGCUAUCUACUUCCUCCGCUCAAAAAGGAAAGGCAUAGACUUGGUCAGCAUCAUCAAGUUCCGCAACCCAGCAUUCAGGAAAUCGAAGGACGAGGAGUCUGAAGAAUUGGUCACAGAGAUAGCAUUUGGCAACCCAGGAUUCCAAGACUUUGAUGAUUCCUAUGACACACCAAUCAUGAUCAUAUCUGGCCGGCUGACACAAGACCGGGUUAGCGGGGAGUAUUUGUCCUCUCAUAUCUGAAUUAUCGGAACUGGGAUUGAACCAACAGUGGAAAUGUGAUCUGGUGUUUCAGCAUUCAAGCUGUAUGUCUGUGAUUCCUGUGUUGUAUAUAGAUAUGUUUCAGUUUUCAGAUGUUUAAUGUUCAUACACCGUUAUUGCAUUGAUGUUAGCGCACAUUGGGUACCGGACUCUGGGCAUGUUUCAAUACAAACAUGUUCUCAAUGGUGUACCAUUAUAUAAAGCAAUGCUGUUAUUUCUCUGAUUAAACAUUUACACCAGUAUUCAGUGUGGGUCCAGUACGGAUAUUACAGUACAGGUACUGCUAUCGCAGUAAAGUCCACCAUAACAUGCUUUCGGUACAGUCUCCUUUUGCUGUCGCUGAGUUUGUUCUGUCGCUGAGUUUGUUCUGGUUUGAAACUGAAUAAAAUCACACCAGUU